AUGACAGUACUUGAGGCUUUAAAUUCGGCACUUGAUGAAGAAAUGUCUGCUGGCCGUAAAGUCUUUUUAAUAGGUGAAGAGAUUUCCAAAGGGCUUUUGGAGAAGUAUGGUCCCGACAGAAUUGUGGAUACUCCUAUUACUAAGGCCGGAUUUACUGGAAUUGGUGUUGGUGGAACUUACUAUGGUCUCAGGCCUGUGAUUGAGUUCAUGAUUUUUAACUUCUCUUUGCAGUGGACGGAGACAUGGAACUCCGUCCACUGGACAGAGACAUGUAUUGCAGCACAUUUAACUUCAGCAUUUGCUAUUUACCUUGGGCUCUUUUGGACUUCUCUUUCUGUUGUUAUGCUUGAGCCUCCUGCUGAAUCCGUAGCCUGGGUUCAAGGGGCAUCUAAAGUUAAGUGUAUGGCCCUUCCAGUAAGAUCAGUUGUUAGAUAA